AUGCUCAAGGCCGACGGGCGGUCCAACGGCCGCGGGGUCUCCGUCGCGCGCUCGCUCGGCGACGUCGUCGGUCACGUCGCGGCGCGCGUCGGCUCGCUCGCGGCGGACGCGACGGUCGCGCAGCGCUACCUGGACCGGCCGCUCCUGGACGAGCGCGGCUGCAAGGUCGACUUCCGGGUCUGGGUCCUCGUGACGUCCGCGGAUCCGCUCGUCGUCUACGGCUACGGCGACGGCUACGCGCGCCACGCGACGCGGCCCUGGUCCGCGGCGCCCGAGGACGACGACCGCGAGGCCCUCCGGCGCCACACGACGAACCAGCGGAACAACGACGUCGUCGCGCAGACGUCGGCGCGCGUUUUCGUGGACGCGCGGCGCGGCGCGGGGUUCUACGCCGCGGCGGUCGAGCCGCGGUUCCGGUCCGUCUGCCUGGACGUGCUGCGCCGCGCGCGGCUGUCGCGCGUCGGGCGGGGCUUCGAGAUCUUCGGCUUCGACUUUUUGUUGCGGGACGACUUCGACCCGUGGCUGCUGGAGGUCAACGCGUCGCCGGUCCUCGCGCCGCGGACGGACGUCACGCGCGCGAUGAUCCCCGCCAUGCUCGACGACCUCUUCGCGCUUCUCCUCGACGAGCCGCCGCUCCCGGCCCUCAGCGGCCGCCGGCACCGCCCGGACCUCUACGCGCGCGGCGGCGGCGUCUCGGGCGAGCCCGCGGCGCGGGACGCGUGGCACCUCUGGGCCUGCGACGAUGGCGACGACGUCCUGCCGCUAGAGCCGCCCGCGAAGGAGGAGCCGCCCGCGGAGGCGCGGGAGCGGGACUGGCUCCGGGCGGCGCUCGAGAGCGCCGAGUACCACAAGGUGGGCAAGAACGGCGUGUCGCCGUUCCAGAACAUGUGCGCCUACCUCGGCGGGUCGGCGAUCCAGACCGUGGGCGACAACCCGGUGACGGCCUACCGCCAGCUCGUGCAGCAGUACGCCAAGGACCUCCAGGGGAACACGGUCGCGCCCAAGGUCGCCGUCUCCGAGGCGAACGCGACGUUCCUGAAGAACCCCGUCGGCGCGUCGUUGAGCGGCUUGUGGCCGCGCCUCAUCGGCGUGCUCCUGAAGCGGAUCCCGAAGUUCGGCUUCCUCCUCGGCUACUCGUUCGUCGUCGGCGAGGGCGACCCGGGCUUCGCGGCGGCGACCUGCGCGUCCCAGUGUCGGCGCGUAGGCGCGUCCAUCUGCUCCGCGCCCUUCAUCAACCCCGUGCGCCUCGUCGAGAAGCAGCAGCGCGCGUACUUCAAGACGACGGGCACGGAGAAGCCCAUCCUCGAGAUCCUGAGCGAGGCCAAGGCCAAGAACUUCGCGCCGCUCUUCCGCGGCACGAUCCCCCUCAUGGGCCACUCCCUCGCGUCGGCGAUCCUGGGCCUCGUCGGCCAGCCCAAGCUCCAGAAGUACGUCCAGAAGGAGCUCGGCGCGACGGGCGCCAUCUCCGGCUCCGCGACGAACCUCGUCGCGUCCGCGGUCGUCUCGCCCAUCUACGUCUUCGUCACGAACCCGCUGAGCCGCCUCGAGGUCAUCAUGCAGACCAACUCCAUCAAGGGCAAGGCCAUCAGCCCCGUCGAGGCCGUCAAGGAGGUCGCGGCGGACAUGGCCAAGUUCGGCCUCUCGGGCGUCUUCCGCGGCCAGGGCAUCGGCAUCGCCAAGGCCGUCGUCUCCCUCACGCUCUUCCACGAGGGGCGCAUGUUCAUCGCGGCCAAGUUCAAGGCCUCCAACGAGUCCAAGCUCGCCUAGGCGACGUCGCGUAACGCGCCGCGAAGGCUUCGGUCGUGCUACU